GCUGUUGAGAUACUGAGUGAGAUUUGUAGAACAGUUUUGUCAUGUGAAUUUUUACUACUUGCCUCUGAUAACACUUCUGUUGUACUUUUUCAGCUGGAUAGCAUUGCUGGUGAGUGGGUUGCCCUUCCUCCACUGCCGUCAGCCAGGUGUCUCUUCGGGCUGGGAGAGUCAGACGACAAGAUCUAUGUAAUUGCAGGCAAGGACCUUCGCAAUGAGGAGUCUCUAGAUUCAGUAUUGUGCUAUGACCCUGUGGCAAUGAAAUGGGGUGAGAUCAAAAAACUACCCAUCAAAGUAUACGGCCAUGCUACCAUCUCAAACAAUGGAUUGAUAUAUUCUCUUGGUGGAAAAACUGAUGAUAAGAAAUGUACUAAUAGAGUAUUUGUAUACAAUCCAAAGAAAGGAGACUGGAGAGACCUGGCUCCAAUGAAAGUGGCUCGCUCAAUGUUUGGAACAGCCAUCCAUAAAGGCAAGAUUUUCAUUGCCGGUGGUGUCACUGAAGAAGGCCUUACUUCAUCUGUUGAAGCUUUUGAUCUGACCACAAAUAAGUGGGAAAUUGUGCCUGAAUUUCCCCAGGAGCGAAGUUCUAUCAGUUUAGUCACCUUAAGUGGAUCUUUGUAUGCUAUUGGAGGUUUUGCAAUGAUUCAGCUCGAAUCUAAAGAAUUUGCACCCAGUGAAGUCACUGACAUAUGGAAGUAUGACGAUGAAAAGAAGGAAUGGAUUGGUAUACUGAAAGAGAUCCGAUAUGCGACUGGAGCUUCCUGCUUGGCUACACGUUUAAAUCUCUUCAAGCUGUCGAAGCUGUAAACAAAAUGCUGAAAAAUUCGAUAUGAUGCAGGAGUUUUCAUAGGCUCUUCUGAAUUUGUUGCAUGAAAACGUCUCCAGAUUGUUCAGAGUUUUGUAGCAGCAUACUGGUUAUACUGUUAACUGUUAAACAGUUAAUCUGUCUAUCCAAGUCUUAAGGUAUUUACUAGCUAAUCAAUAAGAAGUGAAUUUUUGCUAACUUUUAAAAUCCUGAAGAAUUCUAAUUAAUGUUGAUUAGAAUAAAUGAAGACUUCUACUCCAUGGAAAAUAAAACUAGUUAGAUAUCCUUACUCUCAGUCCAGGAUAGUGGUGGCUAAUCUGAAAACAGUGCUCAAGAAUGAAUGGAUUAAGUUAAAUACAACUAAUAGGUGCUGAUUUUAUUCUCACCAGCUGUUUGUACAGCCUGAUUUCUCCCUUCAACAAUGUAUGCAACUCCUGCAUUCUUUAGUCAUAUUUUGAAAAUAUUUCCAAUGGAGCCUUCUAAAAAUAAUUAAUGUAGCCUGGAAUUGAAGCGCAUAUUAAAAACAGAAGCACCAACCUUAGCCAGAGUAGGCAGCUGUGAGGGAAAAAAAAGAGAAUUUUACAUGGGUAAUAGCUUUGCCUAUUAUGUUUUGGUUUCUCAUGACAAGAUUUCCAUUUUUUUAUGCUUUUGUAUUUAUUUCCAAAGCAAAUAUUUAAUGGUAAGUUUUCUCAGAGAUCUGAGGCCAUUAAGAAGCAUUCAUGGAAAAAUGCUAGAACAACUGCAUGAGUAAGCACCUACCUAAGAAAUAACUGAUGCAUUUUAAUGUUUAAACUUUUAACUAGUAACGAUUAAACUUCGUUUUUAAUGCUGUUAAAAUAUUA